CUCCUCCAAGAGAAUAAAAGGUGAAGGCACUUUAUAUGUUGAUAUUGUGUUGUGCCAUAGUAGCAAGAUGAAGAUAAAAGGGAAGAAUGGGUAGGCAACUUUAUUAGUGCAAUUCCAAUAGAGAAUGGACAAAGGGAAAUUUCACUGCAAAUUAGCCAUCCAUCCUUAUUCAAUUUCAAAAAGAAUGCUGCCCAAUUUUAGCUAAACUGCCGCAUAUAUAUGAGGCCAUUCAAACAUGCUGCUUUUCUCUGCGCCACCUUGCGUCGCAAAUUUGGGAUUCAUUCAUUGUCUACUUCUUCUUCUUCUUCUUCACUUUUUUUUUCCCUUGAAGAAUUAUUGCACCAUGCACUAUAUUAUUCUCUCUCUCUCUAUCUCUCCCAAAAGCAAGGGUCUUUAAGCAAGAUUCCGGAAACCAAAAGUGAAAAGCCGACACUUCUCCACCUUAACUCAAAAAUACAUCAGAUUAUCUGAAUGUGUGGUAGCUGCUUUGCACUUUGCAUUAGUAUCUUCCCUAAAAAAUACAGACCAACCUCCUGCCAAAUACUUCCCGUGACUCACUUUCUUCAAAAUUAUUAAGUGUGUUUUUCUAUUGCAGUUUCUUCACACACUUAGCCAUCUAUGAUUCGUGUACGAGGUAAAUAGUGCAUCUCAAAAAUGAAGUUCAUGAAACUCGGAAGCCGUCCAGACACCUUCUACACAGAGGAGGCAACUAGGGCUGUGAUGUCUGAUGUACCAAGUGAUCUGAGCAUCAAGAUAAACAACAUCACUUAUCUUGUCCACAAGUACCCAGUUGUUCCCAAGUGCGGGCUGCUGCAGCGGCUGUGCUCGGAGGCGGAGGCGGACAACGUGACUCUGGAGCUAGACGACUUCCCGGGAGGGGAGGAGGGCUUGGAGGUGUGCGCCAAGUACUGCUACGGCAUCACCAUCAACCUCAGCGCCCACAACUUGGCCUCCUCUUUCUGCGCCGCCAACUACCUUGCCAUGACAGACGCGGUUGAACCGGGUAACUUGCUCAUGAAACUCGAGGCUUUCUUCUCUUCUUGCAUCCUCCAAAGCUGGAAAGAUCCCAUUGUUACGCUGCACAACACCCACAUGGUUUUUGACUGCUCUGAGAAUCUUGGCAUUGUCAGAAGAUGCAUAGAAUCCAUCGUCGACAAGAUUCUCACCCCUCCAAACAAGGUUACAUGGUCUUACACCUAUACCAGACCGGGCUACCACAAGAGCCGCCACCAAUCCGUGCCCAAGGACUGGUGGACAGAGGACAUAUCGUUUCUCAACGUCGACAUGUUCCGUUGCGUAGUCGCCGCCGUCAAGUCCGCCAAUGCGCUGCACCCGCAGCUCAUCGGGGAGGCGCUGCACGUCUAUGCCUGCCGUUGGAUGCCGGAGAUCGCGGGGGAGGCCGAGGCCGAGGCCUCCACGUCCCGUCAAGAAGACCGUCGCGUCCUUGAGACCGUUGUGAGCCUCAUCCCGGCAGAGAGAGGGUCUGUCUCCAUCAGAUUCCUCCUCCGGCUCCUCAGCGUCGCCAACCAUGUGGGAGCGUCGCCUGCCACGAGAGCGGAGCUGCUGAGGCUGGCGGCGGUGCAGCUCGAGGAGGCGACGUUGAGCGAUCUGCUGCUGCUUCGUGUUGAUGAGAGGUCGCACGACGUGGAACUGAUUCAGACAGUUUUGGAGAGUUUCGUGCGGCAGUGGAAGAGACAAGUCCCCGCAGAUGAGAGGGAAUCCAUGAAAUCGAUACGUAAGAUUGGGAAGCUCAUUGAUUCGUACCUGCAAGUGGUCGCCAGAGACGCCGGCGUGCCGGUUCACAGAAUGGCGUGUCUGGCCGAGGCUCUGCCGGGAAUUGCGCGGCCCCACCAUGACGAUCUCUAUAAGGCGAUCAACAUUUAUCUCAAGACAAGAAGCAGCUGUGUCGCGUUUUAGACUGCCAGAAGCUGUCGCCGGAGAUAUGCGGGCACGCUGUGAGGAACGAGCGGCUGCCGCUGAGAACGGUGGUGCAGCUUCUCUACUUUGAACAUGAGAAAGCCAACUCAAACUCCAGAAAGCAGGUGUCUCCCGAUGCGAGAGAGCCUAGCACCAGCAGAUCGGAACCAAGUUUUAAGGUGAGAGGAGAAGAGAGCAAAAAUAGCAGACUUGAGCUCAAUUCCAGAGAGAAAGCGUUGAUCACAAGAAUAUCGCACAACUCACACAGCUAAGACCAGAGCCCUCAAUAUUAAUUCUAUAUACUGUGUAAUUAUGCACCUGUAAAUGUAAUGUAAGCACCAUUAUAUGUAUAAUCUGAUUCUUUCUUGUUCAAUGAAUUGAUUGAUUUAUCCAUCAA